CCAUCUUUAAGCUACAGAUGCUACGCGGCCGGCGUCAGCUCAAAAUGAUAACGAAAUUUCAGGCGAGUCAGCGUUAACGCCGUUCAAGGUGCGAGAAAAUAAGCCGACGGUGGCCGAUAUUCUAAGCAACCUGGCAGAUUUUUAGAGUGGUGUCCAAGCAAAAAAAGGUGCAACCCAAGACAAUAAGCUUCAUCUGGAAAUACUAUGAUAAGCUUGGAAUCUGGACCUCCAGAACGACCCGGGCCAAAAACAAUUUUUUUGCGUGACCUUCCUCCGGAGCUAAAUCCGGGAUGUCGAGUUCCCCUGACUCCGUUGGGUGCCCUUUCGCAUCGUUUAAGCUCUUGUGAUGCUUGUGGGGUUUUUACGCCUAAAAGGAUUCUCUCAUCGUGUGGUCACACUUUCUGUUUUGGCUGCUGUAUGGCUGUCGAAAAUGCAGAUGGAAUAGAUUUACGUUGUUACAGCUGUAAAGAGAUCUGUUGUGGGUCGGUGACUGAAAUGAACGAACGUGUUCUUCGAACUUUGAAAUUUGCAUGCCGAUGUGGUCUUGAGGGCAAUCUGGCCGAGAUAAAAGAUCAUCUGUGGAAAGGUGAAGUCGAGCAUGAGGACAUAAAUCGAACUGUAGGUGCAGGUUUACCCGUACCUCCGGUGCCACGAACGAUCUCUACAGCUUCUUCCGGUCCAACUUCUGAAAACAAAGGCUUUUUCUGGAUGCAAGUGCUCGACCUGAGUACACAGUGUCAGAAAACCGGCAUGGCCCAGAGGAGCGAUUCGGGGCAAGAAUGGAAGGCUAGUGGCUAUGUCUUCGAACUUCUCGCUCAAGUUCAGCCGGGUUCUGACAAAGAUCUGUAUGUAGCAUUGAUGAUUCGUCUGCCAGUAAAUAAACCGUCCGCAUUCGCAUGGCCAGUUAAAAAAAAGCUUAUCGUGUCUAUUCACAGUACUGAGGGUAAGCCGGUCUCAAAGAAAGAGGUGCUUACUUUCGAGAACGGAAAAGUAAUAAGCGACGUAUUUCUGGCACCUUCAUCGACCAAAUACUACGUAAUCGACCGACUGUCUAGAAUUAAGGAGUUGGAAAAUGCGUCAGCAAUUUCUCGGGAUGGCUUUGUUUGUUUCUCCGUGGACGUUCAACCAAUACUACACUGAAGUCUGAUAACGAAAAUAUUCUUUUAGGGAAAGAAGGAAGAAAAAUAAAAGCGCUUCAUCUGCGAGUUUCAUUGAUGCUAAAAACUUUA